AUGGUCCUAAAGGCUGGUCUAAAGUCUAUAUUUUCUAAUCUUUCCGCAGGCCGAGAGGUUGGAAUUUAAAAUGGCAGACAGGUUAUGCGGUAAAUCCACAUAAUUUCUGCGUUUCUGGGACCACUGGCGACAGGCAUAGUAGUUCUUUCGGCUGUUUUUCCCAGUACACCACUGGUUGGAGAAAGAGACAUAUGGAGACUCUUUGUGGUUUGCCUUAGCGACGUGCCAGGCGACCCUUCUGUCCACCGUUCCUCGCUGCUUGCAUGAUGAUGAUGAUGAUGAUGAUGAUGAUGAUGAUGAUGAUGAUGAUGAUGAUGAUGAUGAUGAUGAUGAUGAUGAUGGUGAUGGUGAUGGUGAUGGUGAUGGUGAUGGUGAUGAUGAUGAUGAUGAUGAUGAUGAUGAUGAUGAUGAUGAUGAUGAUGAUGAUGAUGAUGAUGAUGAUGAUGAUGAUGAUGAUGAUGAUGAUGAUGAUGAUGAUGAUGAUGAUGGUACUCCCUCCGGAGAAGGAGCUGUCUCUUCCUAG